GAAAAAAUGAAAUAAUUUUUUCAUUUUACCAAAUACCAAUAUUUGAGCUUAGUUCUUAAUGUACAUGUCAAAUCAUCGUAUCAAUUUUGUAGCCCUGGCUGUCCCAUAAGAAUGCUUCGUGCCACAUGCAGAUUUGCAUUAAACUUAACUAGAGAUCAGUUCGGAAAAAGCUUGAAAAUGGCUGAUUUACAAAAAAUUGUUGAAAACAAUCGGCGUGCCGAAAGUCUUAUUAACUCAAUAAAGCAAGAGAUGGAGGCUGUUCAACACGAGCUCGUCGAACGCAAGAAGCAGGAGCUUAUUGAGGAAAACGCAACUUUAACGAAGGAAAUUGAAGCAGCUUUAGCACAACUCGUCGCUCUGGAAAUACGCAACGGCAAGAGACAAAUACCGGUGCCGGGUAAUCGAGGAUUCUGUACCCAAACCGAAGCAACGUCCACCGCAGCUGUUCCAGCGGAAACUGAAACGAAAGCCGCAUCUGCGUCUCCAGCUCCAGCUCCAGUAUCUGCUCCCAAAGAGAAAAAGAUAAAGGAGAAGAAAGCUCCAGCUGAAAAGCCAAAAGCCGUUGCCGAAGCUCCUGUUGAUGUUGGCCGCUUAGAUAUGCGUGUGGGUAAAAUUGUUGAGGUCGGUCGCCAUCCUGACGCGGACAGCCUGUAUCUGGAAAAGAUUGAUUGCGGAGAAGCAGCUCCGCGUACUGUUGUCUCGGGACUAGUGAAAUUUGUGCCACUAGAGGAAAUGCAAAAUCGUUUAGUCGUUGUUCUCUGCAAUUUGAAGCCAGCCAAGAUGCGUGGCGUUACUUCCGAGGCAAUGGUCAUGUGUGCUUCAACACCGGACAAGGUUGAAGUGCUAAGUCCACCUGCUGGUGCUGUGCCUGGAGAUCUAGUUCAUUGUGAGGGCUAUGAACGUCAACCGGAUGCACAGCUCAAUCCGAAGAAGAAAGUUUUUGAGACGUGUGCGCCGGAUUUGAUGACCAAUGCGGAUCUGGUGGCCUGCUAUAAAGGAGCUCCACUCCAUGUGCCAGGCAAAGGAACCGUUGUAGCACAGUCUCUGAAGAAUGUUCAUGUUAAAUAAUGGUUUUUUAUUAUCAUUAAAUAAUACGAAGCUUACCAUUCUUUUCUAUA